AUGACUGAAAGUGCUUCUGGCCAUAAUGAUAACUAUAAGCUUAUGUAUGAGGAAUAUGAAAGAGGACCGAGGAAGAUAGCUGAGUUAUGUUACGCAGCCCGAGUGGGUGAUGUUACUAAGGCAAUCCAAUUGGUUGAAAUUUCGGGAGUUAACAUCAACGAUACAGACGAAUGGGAUAAUUCACCGUUGUUUCUUGCAUCCUUGUGUGGUCAUUAUGACAUGGUGGAGUAUCUUUUAAGUUCUGGAGCUGCUUAUGAUAAGAAUUCAUUUGAAGGUGCAAGAUGUGUUUUGGCAGCACUAACUCCUAGAAUCAAGAGUCUUCUUAUAAAUUCAUCACUUUCCAAAAAGUUUGAUGAUCUGGAACCAUUUACAAGUCAUAUUUAUGGGAUUUAUAGUUCUUCUAAACCUUUAUUUUAUGGUGAUGUUAUAUUGCAAAUCCACUCCAACCAUUGGAAACAAGAAUUUGCACUUCAUUGGUUCAUCAUACAAACUAGACUUGGGUUUUUAGUUAAUUUGGCAACCACGAAUAACAGUAGUUUGUUGAUUAUUCAAGAUGCAGAGGGAUUGGAGAGUGUAUCGUGGAAAGCUUUAAUCAACUAUGCAUAUUUAAGAGUAGAAGAUACCCAAAGAGAAGAGUUUGAGCUGAUACUACGGUUUGCUCAACUACAUCAUUUAGAUGACUUGAUUAGAGAUGUCAAGGUAUUUGGUGAUAUUAGAGAACGACAAGUCUACGGCAAACUAAAGGGGAAGAUCACGUCCAAAAUGAUCAAGAAUGGUAUACUGGAUUUCACCCACUUUUUUCAUUCUCAUAUAAUUGUGAAUAAGUUAAGUGUACCAUGUAGUGGGACAUUUGAAGCACAAAAUGAAGAGAAUAAUGGAUUUGAAGACCUUGAAAUGUUUUUAUCCCCAGAUUGUCGGCUAAAACUUAUUCAAUGUUCGUCUCGUCCAGAUAUGAUAGUUGGAGUAUAUGAUGAUGGUACAGAUAGGAUAUGUUACUACCCAGUACAUCAAUCUAUGCUUGCUCGAUCACCAUAUUUAGAGACCAUGUUUGGUUCAGAGUUGUUCACUGCCAAAUAUGAGUCCAAACCCAUCAAGACCAAUGACCUUGGAACAGCUACAAUUGUUGAUAGAUAUAAUCUACAAUCAAAACAUGUACCAGUGGUUAACUUUUCUUUUGGGGCAGGGAAUGCUAAGAUUGCCGAAAUUAUACUUGAAUUUCUUUAUACCUGUUCAGCGGAGAUAGCUUUGAAUGUUGCAGCCGAUAUCAUAUUUAUAGCCGAAGAGAUUUUCCUUGAUAAGUUGAAGGCUUUGGCCUCUGCGGCCAUAGUUAAUCAGUUGAACACUAUGACGUUUGAAGAAAUACAAUCUUGUGAUUUGGUAUUCAAGUAUUCAAUCUAUGAUUUGAUUAGAGUGUCUUGGGUCACAAAAUGCGACAAAUUAGAACAAGCUAUUACUCAGGUUAUUGCUUUAAAGUUGGAUGAUUUCGUUAUGCAGAAGAAUCAAUUGAAGAAAAUUAUCAUUGAAUCGUCAAAAAGAAUAGACAAUAGAGAAGAAACUGAUACCAUUGAAUUUGUUGAUGAUUUACGAUACUAUUUAACCAAAGCAUAUUUGGAAGAUGAUCCUAUUAAAUAUGAAACUUACAGUACUUUUGUUGAUGAGAUGUUAAUGGAAUUGGACUUCAAAGAAGCCAGAGUUGAUACAUAG